ACUCGCGUGAGCGAUGGCCACCAAAUGGUGUUUGUUAGAUGGUGGUGGUGUCAGACGACCCUCACCAAGUGGCGAGAAAUGGAAUUCCCACUCCUGCGCCAUUUUACGCCAAAUGAGAUUUCCUGAGCCAUCCCGAUAAAAAUCAGAUAUUGCGCCAAGUCUUCCAAAACUAGCCGCGAGGAGUUGCUCAUUGGGUGUACAUACACAAGGACACAUACACUGAUCGGCUUCGUUGGGACAUUCACACGAAACGUUUCCAACCCGCUGUCUAUUCUUCUGUAGGCUUUUUACGCAUUGCCAAGGUAGGCGUUGUAACCAAACGUGAGCACACGCUGAUUGCGCAAGUUUGUCGCGCGCAAUGCCGUUCCACGAAGUCAAUCUACCUACAUGUGCGCUUCUGUGCUGCUGAGAACGCGUAAUGCCACGUGAUUUUAUUUGAAACAUCAAUUGCCGCACAGCAGUUGCAAAGCGGGACCUAGAAGUACAUGUGCCUGCUGUAAGGGAAACGGCGAUGUUUGACGUCACGCGAAACCGAAGCAAGGGUAGUACUGCUGUCGAAGUACUCCGGAAAUUUAUAUUUGGAUGCUCCAGAAUGCACAUUUCUCUGCUCCAAAGUGCUCCAGGCUCCAAGCUGCAUAUUUCCAUGCUUCAAAUUACAUUUUCGGAGUAGCGCCACUGAAUGUCGGAAAAUAUGCGAUCUGUUUGGGCGCGCCUUCUUCGAGAGCAGCUCCGUAUUUUAUAUCCUUCUUUGAAGCGGCACAAACGCUUGCCAAGUUCGUCCUCUCGCUCCCACAGUGCAACCUCUCAGUGUGUGCAACUAUGUUGUGUUUCACAAAAUAAGCGCGAGAGGGCCUUGUCCAACUGUGACGUCAUGGGAAAGGCCACAGACGUGAAAAAAGAAAAGAAAAACGUAUAGAAGCGUUGGCAACCAUGGCGUUGUUGCCACGGCAACACUUGUUUGUAAAUGUUACCCAGCAUGGCGGGUUACAACUUGCGGCCGGAAACCGGCAAGAGAUUUUCCCGGCACGCUGCGAAAGACUGCCUACACACUUUGCUAGCAGAGGAGCUCGAAAACCGUGUCUACAACUGCGAAGCAAUUCCCGACUGGACUAAGGCUCUGUCUACAAAAGUAUGCCAGCGACUACAAGGUACCCGCUUUCUUCCAAAACAUUCCGCUUCAUUCGACGGCAUUUCAGAUUUAGGCUUCGAAAGGUACAAGUACGUCGUCCAGGUAGUCAUCGGGGAACACCGGGGGGAAGGAUUUAGAAUGUCCUGCCGUUGCCUGUGGGACUCUGACACCGAUGGCUACGUGUCCGAGUUUUUCAGCAAUGACACCCUCUUCUGCGUCUGCCUAGUACUGGCUGCAUACUACUACUGAUGGCGAGGAUAUUGGACACCAUCGUUACCCACGGUGGGGACAAGUAUAGCCAUAUCUAACUAAUAGACGACAAUCUACCCUCGAGAACUCGGUAUCAGCAACAACAGAUAAAUUAAUGAUGAUGAAUGGGGAAAUUCGCCACAUGAGGUGCCAAUGCCCCAGGGCACAAUGAACAGGAUGAGAUGUGUUCUGCUGAUGAUGAACAACUCGGUAUCGAUCAACCCGAGAUUGGGAAUAAUGCGAAAGGUCUCUAUG